AUGGCUGCGCGAAAUGAAGCAACAAUGCCUGUUGGCUGGGACCACGACCGGGACCUCGACGGUAACCCUGAGCUGUCCGACAAAUCUGAGGAGGAGCCGAAGCUGAAGGACUUCGAUGUUGAGGGCCAGGGUCGCCGUGGCUCCCACCAUCAUGUCACUGCGAUCGACUCGCAUUCGUCGACGGAGAGCAUCGGUCGUCAAAUUGAGAUGGAGUCGGAGAAUACCAUCAAAUACCGCACGUGCAGUUGGCAAAAGACGGCUGCAUUGCUUUUCUCUGAAUAUAUCUGUUUGGCUAUCAUGUCCUUCCCCUGGUCAUAUUCUAUUCUGGGCCUGGUUCCCGGUAUAAUUUUGACGGUGGUCAUUGCUGGAAUUGUCUUGUACACUUCGUUGAUUACUUGGAGAUUCUGCCUGCGGCAUCCGGAAGUUCGCGAUGUUUGCGACAUCGGCCAGUAUCUAUUCUGGGACUCGAAGAUUGCGUGGUGGGCUACGGCGGUCAUGUUCCUUUUGAACAACACUUUCAUCCAGGGCCUACACUGUGUGGUGGGUGCGGAGUACUUGAACACGAUGUCCAACGGCGCAGUAUGCACAGUCGUGUUCUCGCUGAUCGUCGCAAUCAUUUCCUUUAUUUUCUCGCUCCCGCGCACAUUCAACACGCUUUCCAAAAUCGCGACGCUAUCCGCUUUCUUCACCUUCAUCUCCGUCGUCUUGGCCGCUGUGUUCGCUGGAGUUGAAGCCCACCCCGCAAAAUACUCGCCCGCAACGGGAGACCCUCUUGUGCUUAUAAUUCCUGCCAAGGGCACAACAUUUGUGAAGGGCAUGAACGCCUUCUUGAAUAUCAGCUACACCUUCAUCGGUCAAAUCACACUCCCUAGUUUCAUCGCCGAGAUGAAGGAGCCCCGCGAUUUUUGGAAGUCCGUGACAGCCGUGACCAUCGCCGAGAUUAUCGUAUUCAGCAUCGUCGGCGCAGUAACCUACGUCUAUGUCGGCAAUCAGUACAUGGUUGCCCCGGCCUUUGGUUCUAUCGGCGACGACGUUUUCAAGAAAGUGUCAUUCUCGUUCAUGAUCCCGACAAUCAUCUUCCUGGGCGUGCUGUAUGCCUCCGUCUCGGCCCGAUUCAUCUUCUUCCGGCUCUUUGAAGGUACCCGGCACAAGGGCAAACACACUGUCGUCGGCUGGGCUUCGUGGGCUGGUAUUCUCGCCACCCUUUGGCUUGGUGCUUUCUUCAUUGCCGAGGUCAUUCCCUUCUUCUCUGACUUGUUGUCCAUCAUGAGCGCCCUCUUCGAUUCUUUCUUUGGCUUCAUCUUCUGGGGUGUCGCUUAUAUGCGUAUGCGUGCUGCAGACCAUGGUCCCCGUUUCUUCAUGGUUCGCGGGAUUCGCGGCUGGCUCGGAUUCCUCUUCAAUGCUUUCUUGAUUCUAGUUGGCUUCUUCUUCUUGGGACCCGGAACAUACGCUGCUGUUAUGUCCGUUCUCGCCAGCUACGCUGACGGCACUGUCGGUGGCGUUUUCACCUGUGCCAGUAACGCAUUAUAG